AUGGGCAUCACAGAUUGGGUAAAGACCGACGACAAGUCGGGCGAGUUCAAGCGCCAGGUCAGCUCGUUUCGAAGCUUCAUCACCAAGGAGCCCGGCUCCAAGUUCCCGCCCGAGAAGGGCAGGUACCACCUCUUUGUGUCCUAUGCGUGCCCUUGGGCGCAUCGUACCCUGAUCACUCGGAAGCUCAAGGGCCUCGAAGAUAUCAUCUCCUUCUCCGUAGUGCACUGGCACCUCGGCGGCGAUGGCCGAAAGGAGUACACGGGCCGCUUCACCGUCCCCGUGCUCUACGACAAGAAGCAAAACACCAUUGUCAGCAACGAGAGCAGCGAAAUCAUCCGCAUGCUCUACACCGCCUUUGACGACCUCGUCGACGAAAAGUACCGCGCCCUCCAGCUCUUCCCCGAGCCCUUGCAGUCCAAGAUUGACGACGUCAACGAGUGGACCUACGACCUCAUCAAUAACGGCGUCUACAAGGCCGGCUUCGCCACCACCCAGCAGGCCUACGAGAACAACGUCGUCAAGCUCUUCGAGGCCCUCGACCGCACCGAAAAGCAUCUCCAGGACACGGCGAGCGAGGGUCCGUACUACUUUGGCAAGGACAUUACCGAGGCUGAUAUCCGUCUCUACGUGACCAUUGUCCGCUUCGACCCCGUCUACGUCCAGCACUUCAAGUGCAACAUUCGCGACAUCCGCUCCGGCUACCCCGCCAUCCACAAGUGGCUUCGCAACCUCUACUGGAACCACCCGGCCUUUGGGGACACGACCCAGUUCGACCACAUCAAGUGGCACUACACAAAGAGCCACACCCAAAUCAACCCCAAGAGCAUUACCCCUGUCGGGCCCCUCCCCAACAUCCUGCCCCUCGGCGAAGAGUGCGGAGCCGCUCAGCGCUAA